CGCUUCACCUCCCAGCUGCUGCAGCUGACUGCUCGACCUGCAGCGCUCAACUGAUGCUCGCCUAACGAAAAAGCAAAGUAAAUAAUAAAAUAAUACUAAUAAUAGCCCUCUAAUGUGCUGAGAGAGAAGAAGGGAAAAGGGCAGGAUGGAUUUGUUCAGUCUGCUGGGUGUAAACGAGCUGGCUGUUGGUCUGUCCAAGCUGAGCAUGUUUCCGUAUUUCGACGCUGCACAUUACAUCGUGUCAGUAAUGGCUUUACGGGAACAACCAGGAGCUUUGGUGGUGUCUCGCCGCAGUCCAUUAGCAUGUUGGUUCAGUGCGAUGCUGUACUGUUUCGGUGGGGCAAUUCUCUCAGGAGUCAUCAUGGCUGAAGCUCCAGUUGAGCCCCUGGCCAACAGCACCAACAUUCUGCUUGCUUCAUUAAUGUGGUAUAUGGUGUUUUAUUGUCCUCAGGAUAUGGCAUACGCCUGCACCACCAUCCUGCCUAUUCGACUAGUUCUUACAGCUAUGAAGGAAGUGACGCGUACAUGGAAGGUUUUGGGCGGAGUUACUCAGGCGAGCAAGAAGUACAAAGACAGCCUGUUUGUUAUGAUCGCAGUGGGCUGGGCUAAAGGUGCAGGUGGAGGCCUGAUGAGUAAUUUUGAGCAGCUGGUUCGAGGUAUUUGGAAACCUGAAACCAAUGAGCUUUUAAAGAUGACAUACCCCACUAAGGUGACUCUGAUCGGCUCAGUACUGUUCUCUCUGCAGCAGUGUCAGUAUCUCCCCAUGCAAAGGCCGCAGCUGAUGCUCCUUUACACCGCCUUCAUUGUCAUCAAUAAGACAAGGAUAAUGUUACUGGGCUCCUCAUUCUCUCUGUUCGCUCAGUUUGAGUCAGUUCUGUAUGAGGUACUCUUUGCUCGACCUCUGACCUGCGCUCCCCUGACCAGUGAGAGCUGUUCCCACUCUCGCAUCACUUCUUCUUGCCCCAGCUCCGACACCAAAGGCACUUCCUGCGUCACAAAUGGCUCUUCUUCUCCACCGGAACCAUCUAAAGACUCUGAGAAGGACAAGAAAAAAACAGAAUAACACCUUUCUUCUCUUUCUUUUUUCCCUGCACUACUGUGAUCUUUUCUCUAAAACACUUUUCCACUUUUGCAUAUGGGUAAAAAUGGAGAAAAAUUUAUUUAUUUCUACAUGUAGCUGUAGUUUUUUUUUUUUUACAAUUCAAGGUUUGCUUGAACCUUCAUAUAACAGUAAUGCUGAAUAUUUGUAGAAAAUACCUUAUUAAUUAUUUCCAAGACUUUUAUCUGUAUAUUUGCGGUGGAUCUAUAAAUAUUUCUAUUAUGAUUUUAUAAAACAAAUCUAUUCUUACAGUUAUAUUUUAUAUUAUUUUUAUUGACAGAUUACAAUAUAUGCUGGUGUAUUGAAAUGCUCUGCCUGCUCAACUGCAUUCCAGAAAAAAUAAAUUGAAAAUAUAAUGCAAUAUUCAAUAA